GAAAUACUGAUUAAUACUUGAAACUUAACUUUGUAGGUUGAGAAGGAAAAAAGCAAAGAAAGAUGUUUCAAUAUGCCGACAGUGGCAAAAGAGGAAAAUGUUGAUAAAUUAAAUACACCACCCGGAAGCAUUACUAAUCAGCAAAUGAAAGAAAAGCUUAUACUAAGGAAGAACGACUGUUUAAAAAUGGAGGAUGAAAACACUACAGAAGAGAAAAUCAUAAAGAAUUUUUCACCUGAGGAGAGUGAAUUUGCCCUGAAUCAUGAUGUUGCAAAGAAAGAUAAAGGACAGACUUUAAAGCAGAAGGCUAAUCAGCUGAUGAGCUCUUCCAGUGGGAAUAAUUUUCGAGUACCAGAUGAUAGCACUUCCAGUGAAGUAUCUCAAGAGGAAGGAAGACCUGCAGCAAAAACAGCAAGUGAAAGAAAUAAGGUCCGCAUACAAAUGGAUGUAACUGAUGACCUUGAUUUCACUCAUUCAUCUGACACAACAUCAGAGGAUGUCAAACUACCAACAUCCACCUGCAGAGAGGCUGUGUUGCUCUUAGAACAGCUUACUGUGGAUCAUGCAGGUUCUGUUAUUUUACUGAAAAUUCAAAACAUGCUUCUUAAAUAUGAACAAAUAAUAGAGCAUGAAAAAAAUCGGUAUGCAGCAGUCUCGAGAGAAGUAAGAAAGUUGGAAAGUGAAAAGGAAAAAUCAAAAUUACUAGCAGAAGAGACUUGAAGAUUUGAAAUCCGUAUUGGCUCAUCAAGAAGUGGAAUGGAAGAGUGAUAUCCAAAGCCUUAAGUUUACUUUGAAACAAGAAGAAGAAAAGAGGCUCAGAGCAGAAACACUAUAUGAAAAAAUAAGAGAAAAAUUCAGUAGAAAAGAAGAGCAAUAUUGUGAAGAGAUGGAAGAGAAACAGCAACUUGAGUUACAAUCCAGGAAUUUAGAAAUGGAGUUAGUAACACUGAGAAAGCUCCUCAAACAGGUUGAAGAUAGCAUGAUGAAACACAGAGACAACUCUCUCAGGAAAAGAGUGCCAGAGCCCUGCAAGAAGGCAUUUUGAACAACCACCUAUGGAGACAAAAGGAGCUAGAAGAGACAAGAAGAGCUAUAGCAAAAAAGUU